UGCAGACUCCUCCCUGUGAACUUUAGAAAGCUCUUCCUCGUGCAGCUUUCACUGUAUUGAGCAUUCGAACGCUCCCUCCUUCUCAUUGCAACUAGAACCGAAACAACACAGAAAUAUGUUUGACGUGUCAGUACUAUUGCUUCUCCUUCUGACAGGGGCGAGGGCAUUCAUGAUUCAGAACGCCCACAACAACCUGUGUUUGGAGGACUCAGCAGAUACAGGGAAACUCAUGCUCAACGAGUGCAGCUUGGACUCAGAUUCUCAGCAGUGGAUGUGGACGGAUCAGGGCAGGCUGAUGUGUGUUGGUUCUUCCAGAUGUCUGUGGGCCCAGCAGAGAGAGACACCCCAGACCAGGUCCUGUCAUGGGCAAGACGACGUUGCCGAAGGCUUAAUGUGGGACUAUGACGGGGAGACACUGAUCAGCAGAAAUAAGACACUGCUGCUGUCAGUCAGAGGUCAGGAUCUGGUUCUCACGCGACAUGUCAAACGUUCAAAGUGGAGACUUCUGGAUGAGGGAGACGAAAGACUCCGACUCAGGAGGGGAUCUGAUUACUCAGAGUACACAGACGAAGAAGAAGAAAAAGUGACAGAGGGACAGGGAGGCAUGACAGAGGAGCAGAGAGAGUAUUUGCGCUGGUACUACCGCACAGAGGAUCCCACCAUAUGGAAGUUCGUGCUGCUGGGACUGUCCUUUAUCUGUCUUCUUGUUGGUUUUCUGCUGCUGGGAAUCGGAACCGUGGCCAACAAGAGCAGGAAGAAGAUAGCAAAGUACAAGGCAGCAGCAUCUCUGGCUAAGAAAAACGAAGGUGAGGAGAUGCAGGCUAUUACACCGCUCAGGGACACCACCACACCCACACUUCCACGAUCAGACUGGCAGCUACAAGAAAGACAGUCCUCUGUGUCCAGCAGCCCCCUCAAAGCAGGAAACAUCUCAGUCACAUGGAAAGAUGGUAAUACCUCCUACCUGUACACAGUUCCUGCAGAGGAGGAAAAACAGGAGCAUGAGCAGGAAGAGGUGUCCACGUUUCAGGAGGAGGGUCAGUGACAGAGCGAAGAGUUCGUGGUGAAUGAAUUCAUCCCAUGACAACGUUUAUGGUGCUCCUCUUUGCACGACAGUGCACGCAAAUUAGACGAAUAUGAUUAGCUAAACAAUGCUCUCUUUCUGGUAAAAUAUGGACUGAAUGUUUUGGAUCUGGUGAACUAAUAUUGCUGUGGCACUGAUCAAGAUUAAACCACUUCUGUGUGUCACACAUAUGUUAACGAUUGUAGUUAUAGUUCCACUUUUUUGUGACAUCUGCCUGAAAUGUUAAUACAACAGUAAAUAAUUUAAUCACA